AUGCCGAUUGCAGGUCUUACGAAACGAGCCUGUGAUCAAUGUCAUAACGUCAAAGAGAGGUGUCGACGAUUGGGCCCGAACGACCCCUGUGAACGAUGCACGCGUCUGGGUCAGCAUUGCCAGACAACGCGAUACGCUGUAAAGACGGGGCGGAAGCCACGCGGACUGAAAAAGCUGUCUUACACGCUUCCCACCUUUGCAAACCUGCCGGCCACGCGUGAUACGGCUGCAUCAUCCUUGGGGAGCUCGCCCUCUGGACUCAGUCCAUAUGAUGGGGGUAUGGCAAGCAAUCCGGCGCUAUUCUCGAGUCUUGACGAGUGGGAGCGACAUUUCCUCAACUUAAUGAAGGAUAUACUGGCGCCUUCUCCUCUUGACAAAUUCCUCGUGGGCCCCAGUUUCCACGAAACACACCAUACCUCCUUCGUCCAGAAUCUUAUCAGACCAACCCCCGUCCUGAAACAUGCGGCUGUCGCCUGUGCAGCGGUACUUUUCGGAGAUCAGAACGACGAAUAUUCUCAAACAAGCGUUGAGAUCGGACACAAGCGUGCCGCUCUGGUGGUUUCCUCGUUACGGUCUUUCAACGUAUCCAAUGAGCAAGAUCUGGCUACCGUCCUUAUCCUUGGAGUAGCUAUGGUCACCUUCGCCAUGCAUGUUGCCGACGGUCAGCCAUUCUUGAUAUCGCAUUAUACCCUAAGCCUCAUCAAGCCGCAGGUCGAGAAACUCUUCACCCUCGACCCCGCCAUGAUCGACUUCUGGAUGUGCUUGGUGAGUACAGAGACCUUUGAGUGUCUUUUGAGAUCCGAAAUUCCAACAAUGAGAGUCGAUCCCACCCGACGAGAGAAUGUUGUCGAUCGAUAUCUCGGGUUGAGCUCAACGAUCUUCACGCAUCUCUACGAUAUCUGCGCAGCCGCAACAGCUCUGAAGCAUGCUUCCACCGCGAGGGCUGUGGAAGUCGUUCAAGAUCUCAACUCAAUCAAAGCCGCUGUCGACAAGUGGCAGCCAUUGCCUCCAUCAGAUUUCCUUAAUCGAUAUACGCAAGCUGAGGUCCUUAGCAUGCUUGUGCAGGCGAAGAUCUUUCGCAUUGCCGCGCUCCUGAUGAUUCAUCGUCUGCAACACCCAUUCGGAGAGCAAGACCGGGAGGCUCACGUGCUUUCUCGUGCUAUCAUUGCCGAGUUUGAUAUGAUUCUUCAGAUGACGCAACGAUCGAUUCCGUGUACCGCGCUUCCGUAUCUCGCCGCGUGUUUUGAGAUUCUGGAUUUCGAAUCACGACAUGCUACGCUCAAGAACAGUAAGCAGAUCGUCGCAUUUUCCAAGCAGUCGCAGAUCCGGUUUGAGGCUACCUUGACCUCUGUCUGGCAGGCAAGAGACCUUGGACAUCAGUUUCACUGGUUUGAACUCGGCAUAUAUGCAUCUACCCUGUGGCCGGGAAAGUGA